AUGGAUAAAUCUAUCUGUGUGCCGUGGUCAGUUCCUAUCUAUCUAUCUAUCUAUCUAUCUAUCUAUCUAUCUAUCUAUCUAUCUAUCUGUCUGUUAUGGUCCAGGCAGAGAGUUCGACCGUCAAGCCGAGAUGCUCGGCUCGAUUCGACCCUCUCUCUUGAGAGGCGUAGUAUACAUAGUAUAGAGCAAUAUAAAUCUGUUCGUAUCGAUCUAACUAUGCCUGUUCAUUAUCUAUCUAUCUAUCUAUCUAUCUAUCUAUCUAUCUAUCUAUCUGUCCAUAUCUAUCUAUCUAUCUAUCUAUCUAUCUAUCUAUCUAUCUAUCUAUCUGUCUGUCUGUCCAUAUCUCUCUAUCUAUCUAUCUAUCCCUCGCUCUGUCUAUCUAUCUAUCUAUCUAUCUAUCUAUCUAUCUCUCGCUCUGUCUAUCUAUCUAUCUAUCUAUCUAUCUAUCUAUCUAUCUGUCCAUAUCUAUCUAUCUGUCCAUAUCUAUCUAUCUAUCUAUCUAUCUAUCUAUCUAUCUAUCUAUCUAUCUAUCUGUCUGUCCAUAUCUCUCUAUCUAUCUAUCUAUCUAUCUAUCGAUCUAUCUAUCUAUCUAUCUAUCUAUCUAUCCCUCGCUCUGUCUAUCUGUCCAUAUCUAUCUAUCUAUCUAUCUGUCGCUCUGCCUAUCUAUCUAUCUAUCUAUCUAUCUAUCUAUCUAUCUAUCUAUCUAUCUAUCUAUCUAUCUGUCUGUGUGUUGCAGUCGACCCAUAUCCACCUCUUUGUCUUGACCGUUUCAUUUUUUCGCCACAUUAUUUUCCGAUUAUUCUCUCUCAUUGGCUACAAGUCAGCCAUUGUAAAACUUUCUCUAGCUAUUUACGCAUAGAAAAUCUACGGCUGUUCAGAGACGACGCUAUGAAGUCGUUAACAAGAUUCCUCAUUUCCUCUUCCAAUACGACUUUAGAUAAGACCUAG